GUGUGAGCUAACUGAGGCAACGCGAUGUCAACGUGGCGUAGCGUGCGUGCAAAUGUGCGGACGCUUCGGGCUGCGCUCACCUUCGCAGGGGUCCCACCGGACCACCGGCUGCUGUGCGGACUCGCAGUGUCACGCCGAAACCUGGGCACCGGGACGCCGCUGCGGAAUGACUUCUUUAAAGAUCUGGAGGCCCAGUUGGCCGCCACGAGGAAGAAGGUGGCUGACGCUCUGCCGGGGAGCUCCUGGAGCCCGCUGGAGAUCAACCCCAACCUUCCACCAGAGAGGACCGACAUCGUGAUCGUGGGAGGCGGCGUGAUGGGCUGGUCCGUGGCCUAUUGGCUCAAGAAGAAGGAGGGGCUCCGCGGGGGGCUCAAUGUCAUCGUGGUGGAGAAAGACACGACGUACUCACAGGCGUCGUCGGUGUUGUCAGCCGGGGGCAUCCGCCAGCAGUUCUCCCUGCCGGAGAACAUCAGCCUGUCCAUGGCAUCCGCCGACUUCCUGAGGAACAUCAACGAGCACUUGGGCGUGCUGAACGAGGACGCCGUGGACGUGCAAUUCAACCAGGCAGGCUACUUGUUCCUGGCCAGCCACAAGGGGGCUCACAUCAUGGAGGAGAACUUCAAGACGCAGAGAGCCGCCGGGGCGCAAGUGGCACUUCUGUCGCCGACUCAACUCCGAGAGAAAUUUCCCUGGAUAAAUACCGAAGAUGUGGCGCUUGCCGCCUAUGGUGUGGAGAACGAGGGCUGGUUCGACCCGUGGAUGUUGCUCAGCGCUAUGAGGAGAAAGGCCGUCUCCAUGGGCGUCGUGCCGUGCUGCGGAGAAGUCACCGGUUUCAAAUAUUUCUCCAACGAAGCCAUGACUGAGGACGGCCAACGUUUGAAGUUGCACAGGAUCAAUAAAGUUCUGGUGCAGAUGCCUCACAGUUUGGAGUACCAGCCGGUGGAGUGCACCAUCGUGGUGAACACAGCCGGGGCCUUCUCGGCAAAAGUGGCCCGCAUGCUGGGAGUGGGACUCGGACCCAAGGACACCCUGGCGAGGAUCUCGCUCCCUGUGGAACCGAGAAAAAGGUUCAUCUACGUGUUCCAUUGUCCUGAGGGUCCCGGAUUGGACACGCCCUUCCUCAUUGAUCCCUCGGGCGUUUACUUCAGGAGGGAGGGGCUCGGUGGGAACUAUAUCGCCGGCAGGUCGCCCGACGAGGGGGAAGAGCCGGAUGUGACCAAUUUGGAUGUGGACCACCAGUUCUUCCAGGACAAAAUUUGGCCUGAACUGGCGCAUCGCGUUCCAGCUUUUGAAAAACUGAAGGUGAGGAGCGCAUGGGCGGGCUACUACGACUACAACACGUUGGACCAGAACGGCAUCGUGGGCGCGCACCCGCUGGUCAACAACAUGUACUUCGCCACGGGCUUCAGCGGCCACGGCCUGCAGCACUCUCCGGCCGUGGGCCGCGCCGUGGCCGAGCUCAUCCUGGACGGCAACUUCACCACAUUGGACCUCAGCCGGCUCGGCUUCCGCCGCAUCAUUGAAGGCGAGCCCAUGUUGGAGACGAACAUUGUCUAGAGGUCGUCGUUUUCUACGGCGCCUAUCAGCGGGACUUUUUUUUUUUUUUUUUAAAUACAAGAAGCCAUGAUUUUAUCAACUCCCAAACAAACUAGUAGUAACAUCCUCCAGGAAAGCUGCCACUUGACGGCGGGAACAAAUAAAUUGAUCAGCUACCUUAAGCUCCA